AUGCCCCCCAUAACCUUCACAUAUGACGAUUUUCAUGGCCUCGAUCACCAACAGGAUGACCCCAUGGUCAUCACGGUGGAGUUGGAAAAUUAUGCCAUCAAGAAGGUCCUCAUCGACCAAGGGGAAAAAGUCUCCACCUACGGCUACAUCGACCUCCAUACUGUCUUUCGUGAUAGCGCUCAAACCAAGACAAUCCUCAUCCGCUUCCUUAUCGUCGACGCGCCUACAUCAUAUAAUGUCCUUCUUGACCGACCAUCCCUCAACACUCUCGGUGAAGUGGUAUCUACACCUUAUCUGGCCAUGAAAUGUCCAUCCCCAUCUGGCGAUAUCCUCACCAUCCACGAUGACCAAUGGCUUGCGCGCGAAUGCUACAUGGCCAACUUACGCCCACAACUUCCCAUUCUUCAAACCAAUCAUAUUGAGCGUCCACCCGGCUUUGACAUAGCCCUAUUUGGAGAUGAUUUGGACCCCAAAGUAGGUCGGGAUGCCCGCCUCGAGCCGGUCGAUGAAACUACACCACUGGAACUCCCUAAUGGACGCACCAUCAAAUUGGGCACGGGCUUACAACCCGAGCAGCGCGAAAUCCUUACGCCUACCCUCAUCAGCAACACUGACCUCUUUUCCUGGUCCGCUGCUGACUUGCCCGGCGUUGACCCUCAAGUCGCAUCCCACAAACUCUCAAUUUACAAGGAUGCCAGGUAUGUCUCCCAGAAGAAACGAAAGCUUGGUGACGAACGCCGACUAGCAGCCAAGACUGAAGCCGACAAGUUACUCAACGUAGGGUUCAUCGAAGAAGCCCAUUACACCACCUGGCUUUCCAACGUAGUAUUGGUCAAGAAAGCUAACGGCAAAUGGCGAAUGUGCGUCGAUUACACGGAUCUCAAUAAGGCCUGUGCUAGGGACGCCUACCCCUUACCCAACAUCGACCGGCUAGUUGACGGUGCAGCCGGUAACAAAGUUAUCAGUUUUCUGGAUGCAUACUCUGGUUACAACCAUAUUCCAAUGGUCGCAUCCGACAUGACCAAAAUCGCCUUUGUUACAGACGAUGCCAACUACUUCUACAAAUUUAUGCCAUUCGAUCUCACAAAUGCAGGAGCAACGCCUCAUUGGCCGACUAACCGCCAUCUCCCGCUUCCUCCCCAAAUUGGCCGAACAAACCCAACCCAUUAUUCAACCGCUCAAGAAAUCGGUCAAGUUCUCGUGGAAUGA